AGUUUCCUUCCUGCUUUCAACACUCAACUCUUCUUGCAUCACACCACGAACGAGAGAGGAAGAAGAAAGAAGAAAGAAAGACGAGAAAGUGGCAGCGUUUUAAACCUGCGAUCGUCUUUCGGUGCUUAUCUCAUUCACGCAUCUACAACGCAAAACCCCUGUUUUCUUCUUCCCCAUUGCCGAUCAUGCCCCCUCCUUCUCCCUCCCCUACCCCAGCCGGCACGGCGCCGCUGCCCCUCGCACAACGGCUGCAGCAGCUACAAGCGGCGUGCGGUAAGGUGUACGAGACCUACGCACCUGCGCCGUCCUCACCCGGUUCUGCGGCAGACGCCGCCGCGGCACCAAAGAAACUCGACCACCACGAGCGUAGUCGCCUGCAGACGCUCGUGACGGAGCAGGUGAGUGCGCUCUACCAGGAAUCUUUUGCCUCCUCUGCGAGGGUGCAGAUCGCUGGGGCGGAACUGGAGAAGCUGCUUCGCCUCCUGCCUUCCUUGGUCGCCGUCAGCGCCCCACCGGCCUACCGCCCACCGUUGUUGAUGACUGUUGUUCGUGUUCUGCACCCGCGAAGAAACGACAGUCCAACCCCGCACGUGCCCGACGCGGUCCUCGCGGGCGUUCUCCUCUCCCUCGUCCGCCUCCUUCACCACCCCGAUCCCUGGGCGGCGGGUCAGGUGUCGAACGUCACGGCCACACGCGCCUCCGCGGCUGCACUUCUUGCCCAGCUCCUCCGCCACUUUGUCAUCCACGCCCAGGAAGCAGCCGUCGUGGGGCAAUGGCGGCAAUGGCAGGAGCUGGCAAACAACGCUCUACUCGACGCCGUGCGGAUAUGGAUAGAGGAGAUGGAUGUGCAGCGCCCUCCGGCAGGCAACGGCGCGGCGCACAAGCGAUCCAUGCCCGCCAAGCCGUCUCCAAAACUGAGUCCGUCGGCGGCGUGCGUCCUCAGUCAGCUUUUGGAUCUCGUCGACGCCCUCGUCGAGCACCCCUGCGCGCACUCUUUACCCAACGACGCCUGGCUGCCUGCUCUGACGUGUGUGGUCCGCCUCGGCGGGUCUCCACAGGAAGCACCGCAGCACCUAGAGCUUUCUUACGCUGUCCUGCAAGUGCUGAUGCACGUGCGAGAAAAGGGCGUCGUGUCGCCGGGCGUGUGGCGCCAACUAGCGCUGGGGGUCGUGGCGAAGUCGAUCCCGCACGGCUCCGCUGACGCCCCUGACCCGAUCCCGGCCUCCUCCCUCUCCACCUCGGCCACCUCCUACGCCGCUCUCUUCUUGAAGUAUGUUCACCUGACCAAGUCCCUCAUGUUCGUCGCCGUGGAGGAGAGCUCGACGGACAGCAGCACGGCCCGCGCCACCGCUGCUGAGCUGCACACCGUCCUCGCCGGACUAGUGGAGCUGUCGUCAUCUGUUUUGAUUGAGAAAGCCAGCGCAGCGGACUCUGCGGCGGCGACGUCGUCGUCGUCCGGUGGUGGCCGGGUGUCGCUGCUGGCGGCCGUGGUGAAGGAUCUUUUGACGGUGCGCGAGGAGAGCCACAGCGCCCCUCGCCAAUACGCGCGGUACGUGCAGGGGAUGUUCGCUGGGUCGACGCCGCUGGUGCCGUACAUCAUUCAAGUGAUGGCUACGGAGUGUUACCGACAGAUGCCGUUGCUCGCCGCGCCCAAUGUGCCCUCGGUGCUCGCCACGAACGCGGAGAUUCUGCAAGGCGUCUUUCUCUGGUCCAUCCACGCGAUUAUCGAUGAAGGGCUGUUAGACUCGACACGGCGCACCGUCGUCGCAGCGGCGUUGCCGUACGCGCUCUGCGACGCCGCCGACGCGGUUCUAGGGCAGCUGAAUGAGCGCCUUUCCGUCAUCCUCCUAUCGAACCCGGCGCUGGCUGCGCAGAGGGAUGUGCCGCUGUUGGCCGUGCGAGUGAUCGCGUGCGAGGGGCUCGCCUUGCUGCUUCACUUUCUGCUGUUUGUGGUCGCAUUGUACGGCAUUACGGACGAGGUUUCGUGGAAUGUGCACUUCCGCGAUCGCCUCCACGCGGCCGAGGCACGUGUCAUGCGCACCGUUGGCACGUUUGACUGUGGCGUGCCGCACGUAUUGCGUGCGUUCACCGACGCGCUGGAUCGCAUGAGCUCCACCUUAGGACCCACUGCGGCCAAGGUGAGUGCAUUACUGCCCAACUCGACGCGUCCCUCUUUGGCCUCUUCCGGCUGUCACGGCGCGUUGGACAACUUAUUCGAGGUCAUUCCCAUUUUUUAA